UGGUAUGAUUGUCAUUGAAACAACACGCAAGACCGUGUACAUGAUAAUGCAAUAUUAUAUUGCACAGUGCAUAACAAGCAGGUCAAACUGGUCCGACGGUGGAGCGCUCAGCAGGAAGACGUUGGAGUGAACACCCCCUCUGUCAGCUGCCCACAUUGUCACACAGAUACUAGCGACAGGUGUGUGACUGAUGCGUCACGACAUUGUUAACCGGCUGCACUGAUUUCUACCACUCACUUCACAACACUGGCACGAGUCUUACACAGCUUGUGCGCUGCUCGCCCGGGGAUCAUCACGGCAAUGAGAUAAUACCAUCGACACUUAUUCACUAAAUAGAAACAAAGGCACGCGUGGAUAUGGCGCUCGCAGAGAUCCAGGAGGAGAGAAACAAAAGGCCGAUAGAGGAGAUGAAAGAAGAAGAGAAAGAGUUCCUUAAAGAUCUCUACGUGUUCAUGAAGAAGAGAGAUACGCCCAUAGAGCGGAUCCCAAAUCUGGGCUUCAAACAAAUUGACCUAUUUGUGAUGUACAAGACUGUCCAAGACUUGGGAGGCUACCAUCAGGUGACUGCUCAGCAGCUGUGGAAGCAAGUGUACAACAUGCUGGGAGGAAACCCUCGCAGCACGAGCGCAGCCACCUGCACCCGCAGACACUAUGAGAAGCUGCUCCUGCCGUACGAAUGCCACGUGAAAGGCAUAUCGUUGAACAAUUUGCCUCUUCAUCAGCCGAAGCAUCUCCACUUUGCCAACUUCAGCAAAGAAAAUGACGAUGGCCAGAGGCCAGCCAAACGCCAGCUGUUAUCAAUACCUCUGCCCCAGCACCUUCAUCCCCCGCAGUCAGACCAAAAUGGGAGCACCUUUCCACUGCCGCUCCAAUACACCCACUACUACCACCCGAGCCACGCAGUUCUGCCUCCCCAGCUCCCUGUCACCUCCGCAGUGCUGACGCCGCAGAGCCACCCUGCACCCCAGUUUUCUUUCAAUCCACACUGUUUGAACCCAGAGAGUGUUAACGAGCCCCUGGAGCACCUGCGCUACCUGGCAGAGCGCUACAAGACCUCAUCUGGCUUGGCUGAGCCUCUGAACCUGAGCGUCAAAGCAUCAAGACAGGAGACCAAAAGCAACCCUGCGUCAUCGUUCUCCCCGCCGUCGUCCAGCAAGAACCCAAAGUUUCUGAACAAACCCUCCCCUCUGUACACUCUCCGUUGCCCACAGGUAGCGAGGAAUGAAAGACGUGAGACGCCGGAUGUUGAGGCGGGUUUAGGAGAUACACCGAGUGCAAAUCCAGGGAAGCCUAAGGAGGCGUACGUCAUUGAAGUCAAGGCUAUCACACCUUCAAGAAGCCCUGCGUAUGACUCUGCUCUCAAAUGUAGAGCAGAUGAAGGCGCCCAGAAUACAAGCUCUCCAAGCAUAGAUCUUACGGUGGAGCAACCGGACGAAAGAGAUGGGAGUCCAGAGGCAAGGGGGCUCAAUCUCAGUCAGAUACUGCCCAGCAUCCCUCGAGGGAACGGUGGCGAGAUGGAAAUUGAGCUGCCGCUGUCUGUGUUUCAGAACUGGCUCAGGCUGUGCAAGUCCUCAGUCACAAUGCCGGGAGGGAAGCAGCUACCGACCCUUCCUAUUGUGGAAGAACAGUCUGGACAAACAAAUUGCUCCAACGGCGAUGUCCUCCCAACCAAACUGACAUUUCAGAUGAGUCCCCAAAACUGGAGCCCAGUCCCUAAGGAUCUAAGAAUUAGGCCAAGGAAUUCGCCAAGCCCCACAACAACCACCCAAACAAUCACCAGUAAUCACCACAACCACAUGAGCCAGAAUCCUUUUGCCAGCUACAAGCCCGUGCCUUCAGGUGGGAUUCUGAGGAAUGCAGCCAGCCGAGAUGUCUUUCCGUCGGAUCGGCAUGGUGUUUUUAAGCCAUACCCCUCUAAACCCACAAGUUGCUGGGAUUCAUACGAGAAGGACACCCAGGCUCCCCCCAUCCAAGUGAACGUUGCCCCUCAGCCCCUCGCAGUUCUGCAAAACUUUGCAGCCACUAAAUCCUACAAUGAAGACUUCAUUCAGGGAGGGAAAGAGAGAUCAGAGACGGUUCCCUCGACUGUACUCAUGAUGAACUCUGGCUCCACUCCUCUGCUGCACCUCACCAAUGAAGAGGUGAUGAAGCUGAAGAAAAUCAUCUCGAGCUCGACGUGAAGAUCGAAUCGGACACUGACACUCCAACACCAUAUUAAAGCUCUAUACCAUGCUUUAUCAUAUGCUGUAUCCAACUAAAGUUGGUAUCAAUUAAAGGCUACUACAAGGAACUUUCAUUUUUGUUGAUUCUGGUGGUCCCUGUGGACAGGGGAUGUGUUUUAGUGGCCUACCACUAGACUACAGCUUCUUUCCUCAGGGUCUGAAUUGAACCUCAGCAGUCCGCCAUGAAAAUAUGUGUUAAAUUGUAUGACUUAUCCAACCCAAAUAAGUCUAAUCUAUAGCCAAACCUCUUGCCUUGUCUGCUAAUGUAAAAAGGAUCAGUAUUAACAUUAGACUGUCUCAUAACCAGUUAAACGUUCCUUGUAGUAGUUUUAACAUAUUUAAAAGUCAUAAUUCGAACAAGUAAUAAUGUAUCAUAUCAGAAGCAAAGAUUGAUUCAAUGAGAAUGUGUUGUUUACUUUUUUAAAGCCUUUUUCUGUACAGUAUUGUUAUAUAUAAUGAAUGUAAUACAUUUGAUUUAAGUAUAAUGUAAAUAUGAAUAAACUCAAAU